GGGUCGGUGCACGCCAUAGAUCGCGCCCUAGGCCGCCGCGCGCUGCCCGGAGGAGGCGCCGGCAGGGGCGGGAGGAGCAGCAACCGAGUCUUCUGCAGAGCAGGGCGCCGCCCGCCCGUGUGGUCCCCAGCGUGGCCGACCGCACCCGCCCGGCCUGUUUCUGCGGAUCAGGAGUUGGAACCCCGUACCUUCCUUUCCUCUGAGCCCUGCCUCCUUCAGCGGGCCGGAGCUCGGUAGAACUCGGUUGCUUUGCCGUUUGCUUUGAAGGGAACACAGCGGACGAUGAGGCCAACUUUCAGCUCAAGAGAUCUGCUUACCUCAAUCUCCUGGAAUUAAAGGCCUGCACUACCUUGCCUGGACCUAAGAUUUUCAUGGUCACUAUGCUUCAAGAUCUCCAUGUCAAGAUCUCCAUGUCAAGAUCUAAGUCAGAAACAAGUCUUCCAUCCUCAAGAUCUGGAUCACAGGAGAAAAUAAUGAAUGUCAAGGGAAAAAUAAUCCUGUCGAUGCUGAUUGUCUCAACCGUGGUUGUCGUGUUUUGGGAAUAUGUCAACAGCCCAGAAGGCUCUUUCUUGUGGAUCUAUCACACAAAAAUUCCAGAGGUUGGUGAGAGCAGACGGCAGAAGGACUGGUGGUUCCCGAGCUGGUUUAAGAAUGGGACCCACAGUUAUCAAGAAGAGGACAUAGAAAGACGGAGAGUAAAGGGGAAAAAUGGAGACAGCAUUGAAGAGCCUCAGCUAUGGGACUGGUUCAAUCCAAAGAACCGCCCAGAGGUUUUGACUGUGACCCCAUGGAAGGCGCCAAUUGUCUGGGAAGGCACUUUCGACUCAGCUCUGCUGGAAGAGUACUAUGCCAGACAGAAAAUCACUGUGGGGCUGACGGUUUUUGCUGUGGGAAAGUACAUUGAACAUUACUUAGAAGACUUUCUGGAGUCUGCUGACAGGUACUUCAUGGUUGGCCAUAGGGUUAUAUUUUAUGUCAUGAUGGACGACACAUCCAGAAUGCCUGUUGUCCACUUGAGUCCUCUGCAUUCCUUACAAGUAUUUGAGAUCAGGUCUGAGAGGAGGUGGCAGGACAUCAGUAUGAUGCGUAUGAAGACCAUCGGGGAGCACAUUCUGGACCACAUACAGCAUGAGGUCGACUUUCUCUUCUGUAUGGAUGUGGAUCAAGUCUUUCAAGACAACUUUGGUGUGGAAACUCUGGGCCAGUUGGUCGCUCAGCUGCAGGCCUGGUGGUACAAGGCCAGUCCUGAUGAAUUCACCUAUGAGAGGCGGGAACUGUCGGCAGCUUACAUUCCAUUCGGAGAGGGGGAUUUUUACUACCAUGCGGCCAUUUUUGGAGGAACGCCCAUUCACAUCCUCAACCUCACCAGGGAGUGCUUUAAGGGGAUCCUCCAGGACAAGAAACAUGACAUAGAAGCUGAGUGGCACGAUGAGAGCCACCUCAACAAAUACUUCCUUUUCAACAAACCCACUAAAAUACUAUCUCCAGAGUAUUGCUGGGACUAUCAGAUAGGCCUGCCUUCAGAUAUUAAAAAUGUCAAAAUAGCUUGGCAGACAAAAGAGUAUAAUUUGGUUAGAAAUAAUGUCUGACUUCAAAUUGUGCUGGAAACUUGACACUAUUAUUCUGGCUAAUUCCUCAAAAAAGUAGUAACACUCAAUUUCAACUUAAAAAAAAAAAAAAAAAAAAAAAAAAAAAAAACCCAAACCAAAACCUACUACCAUGGCAAACACAUAGGGUUUCUUCUUAGACCUUGAGCCUGUAAUAUGUGAGAAAGAGUUGAUGGCAAGUAAUCAGGUAUAAAUUCUCAGUGAUUUCUUAUAUAUUCUGGGGUUCGGGGAAAUUCUAUAUGAGCAGAAAUCAAGAUUAAUUUGCCAAAGGAAAAGAAGAUGCUGGAACCUUCUGCCCAGUGUGUCAGAUAACUCACUGUAGGCCCGGGUGCUGAGAGAAGCAUUUAGGAACAGGAUGGACUGGGUCGAAGGUGGGGGACUCUGUCCCCUUGCUUUCAUUGUCUUCCUCCUCAUGGAGACUCGAAAGCAACACAGAGAGGCUUUGCAGCCAGAGGACUUUAAUAAGGAUAUCAAUGUAAUUGUCAAAGUCUGUAAAAGCUUCCAGGAGCUGCUAGCAUGAAGAAGGCAGAGAGCGUCUCUAGGCAACUUGGUGGCACGUGUUCA